AUGGCCUGUGAUUGCAAGUGUGGGCAGGUGCUGCAGGCUGAGCUUGCCGAGCUCAAGCAGCGACGACAAGAGCUGCGCGAGGCCUUCAAAGCUAACAAAGCACACAUGAAGGCCGCGCAGAAGCGAAAGGCCAAGUUGGUCAAGGCAGCUCGUCAACUUUCGGUGUCGGACUUGCAGAACUUGCUCGGAUCGAUGACGGCCGAGCGCACUGAGUGA